GGCAGUGCGGCCCGGCUCUCGGGCGGCAGCGAGUGCCACGUCCCAAGUGCUACGCGGAGGAGCGGAGCGGGCGGUACGCGGGGGGCGGGGAGCAGCGCGAAGUCCGUCUCAUCCUCACCGAUCGCCCGCCGCCAUGGGCUCCUCGCAAAGCGUCGAGAUCCCAGGCGGAGGCACGGAAGGCUACCACGUCCUGCGGGUACAAGAAAAUUCCCCAGGACAUAGAGCGGGACUGGAGCCUUUCUUUGACUUUAUUGUUUCUAUUAAUGGUUCGAGAUUAAAUAAAGAUAAUGACACUCUUAAGGACCUACUAAAAGCAAAUGUUGAAAAACCUGUCAAAAUGCUCAUCUAUAGCAGCAAAACCCUGGAGCUGCGAGAGACCUCGGUCACACCAAGCAACAUGUGGGGUGGCCAGGGCUUGUUGGGAGUGAGCAUUCGAUUCUGCAGCUUUGACGGGGCAAAUGAAAAUGUUUGGCAUGUGUUGGAAGUAGAAUCAAAUUCUCCUGCAGCACUGGCAGGUCUUAGACCGCACAGUGAUUAUAUUAUUGGAGCAGAUAUGGUCAUGAAUGAGUCCGAAGAUCUGUUCAGCCUUAUUGAAACACAUGAAGCAAAACCACUGAAGCUUUAUGUGUACAACACAGACACUGAUAAUUGUCGAGAAGUGAUUAUUACACCAAAUUCUGCAUGGGGUGGAGAAGGCAGCUUAGGAUGUGGCAUUGGAUAUGGUUAUUUGCAUCGAAUACCUACACGCCCAUUUGAAGAAGGAAAGAAAAUUUCUCUUCCAGGACAAAUGACUGGUUCACCUAUUACUCCUCUUAAAGAUGGGUUUACAGAGGUCCAGCUGUCUUCAGUCAAUCCCCCAUCUUUGUCACCACCAGGAACUACAGGAAUUGAACAGGGUCUCUCUGGACUUUCUAUUAGCUCAGCUCCACCAGCUGUCAGCAAUGUCCUCAGUACAGGUGUACCAACAGUACCAUUGUUGCCACCACAAGUAAACCAAUCCCUCGCUUCUAUGCCACCAAUGAACCCAGCUACUACGUUACCAAGUCUGAUGCCUCUGCCAGCAGGACUCCCUAACCUCCCCAGCCUCCCCAACCUCAAUCUUCCCGCACCACACCUCCUGCCAGGGGUUGGCUUACCAGAACUCGUGAAUCCGGGUUUGCCACCUCUUCCUUCCCUGCCUCCCCGAAACUUACCUGGCAUUGCACCUCUCCCCAUGCCAUCCGACUUCCUCCCGUCAUUCCCUUUGGUUACCGAGGGCUCUCCUGCAGCCAGCUCAGGGGAGCUGCUGUCUUCCCUCCCACCCACCAGCAGCCCAUCUUCUGACCCUGUCACGACUACUGCAAAGGCAGACGCUGUCCCCUCACUCACUGUGGAUGCGACGUCCCCCACCUCCAAGGCCCCUGCCACUGUUGAGGACAGAAUCAGCGACUCCACCCCAGCCAGUGAGAAGCCUGUUUCUGCAGUUACAGUUACGGAUGCAAACACUUCUGAGUCACCUGCACUCUGAACCUGUCUUCAGAAUUGGCGUGGUGUAUUUAUUUAACCACGGGAGCAUAUCUGGAAAUGCAAACUAUCAUUAAUUUCAUACUAGUUUGUACCGUAUCUGUAGGUGUCCUGUAAAUAAUUCUAAGGGGAAAACUAAGCAAGCGGACGUGGGUUUGUAUCCUGCCAAGUUGGGGUGGGGGCUCACGGGCCAGGGAGGGAAAUGUUAGAAAGUGCUUCUAUUUCAAACAACCAAAAAGUCAUAAGGGUGUCUUGCAGCCAGGCGUCCACUGCCAUUCUGGGGUGUACAUCUUUGGAAAAGGAGGUGGCAAGGUGUCCACUGGGUUCCUUGCCUCCUACUGCUCCUUCUGUAAGAAAAUGGAAUAUUUUAUGCCUAGUGCUCACACACAUUUCUUGUACUUUGUAAAUCGUUGGGAGAAUGCAAACCACCUCACUAAAUUGUAGAAGGAAAAGAUAACUUUACUUUUGGUCUCAGUGAGUCACAUCUCUAUUAAGGUUUACACAGAAAUUCCAGUUGGAGAUGUUUGUUAAAGUUACACAGUGUGCACUAUUAAUUGAACAUCUUUUUAUUCAGCCUGUACACAGAUCCUUGUUUUGAGCUCUCAGAAUUACUCAGACAACAUUUUGUAACUGCUGCUGUUGCUUUCUACAUCCACCGUUAAGAUGGCAUUUAAAGAGAAAUAAAGGAAAUGUUGCACAGUUUUAAACCAGAAGGUGGCACUUUGUGGCUACUUAUAAUAUAACUAUACUGGGGAAGCAGAGAUAUAGCAAUAAAUUACUGUAAUUUUACUUUUCUUCCUGUGUUACAUUUAAAUUGCAACUCAGUUGCCAUGCGUGUCGUGUGUUAUUCUCCAGUAUGUCCCAGGUCUUUAAUUGUUUAUGAUUUAUGUUUGCUUUUUUCUAAGCUUUCUAAGAGAUGGUAAGUUAACUGGAAUUGAUUUAUUGAAUGAAAUUCAUAAAAUUAAAUGUAUAUUAUAUCCCUGAUUUUGAAAUAAUAUGAAAGAGGUUAAUUGGGUUUUGACCUAAUACUAGUAUAAAGUCACAGGUCCCUUGCAGUGAUGGUGGAACUGAGGUGCCACCAUGGAUGACUCAUCGUUGACCACUCAGCUGGAAACGAGUUGUCAACACCAUUCCUGCUCUGACAGGAGGCCCAGCACAGGCCAAUUUUUAGACUCUAUCCAUUUCUGGAGUCAAAUAUGUAGUAAAACUAAGUGAUAAAAGAAAGCUCCAGUCUAGACAUGGCUUCUGCUUGCAUGACAAAUAUUUCCAGAAUAUUUCUUUGUGUUAACAAUCAUUGUUUUUGCAAAGGAACUUAUAGCAGAUAGGGAUAAUAUUCAUAAGCACAUUUUAAAUGUUAACAGUUUUUGGCUUUCCAGGACAGGGAAAGUGAUAAUGUUAUCACUUUCUAAAAGAUGUUCACAUUAAAAACAGUACAAAUGUUAAGGACAUCUCUUAGGGAAAGCAAGUGAGUGAUUUUCAAACUUUACACAAUUAUUUCUUUUGACAGUACUUCCUCCAAAGCAGUGUUUCUUAACUCUUGAGGUCACAGUUCCCAUUUAAGAAUGACAGCCCUGAACCCAUCUUCCUGAGAAACUACCCAUAGGCAUGUAUGGAAGGCCUAGGGGGAAAGCAACUCUUGACACUCACGAAGAGGGUGGCAUGGCCUUGGCCGAGAUUGGCUCUCUGGAUCUUCUCUGAGGUAGAAAACACUUUGGUAUUCUCUACUUUCUUCAGGAAAACCAGUUUCAGUCUUUUUCUUUUUUGGUACUGGGGAUUGAACCCAGCAUCAUGCUCACUCACCUCCUGCACCCUUAACCCCUUUAGCUUCAGCCUUUAAAGACGAUAGAAGGUCUUGUUCCAGGUUCCCAAGACACAGAUAUAAGAUGGUGUCCCUGGCAGUAGCCCAUCUGUGGGGCCUCUUAGGAGAGACAGGCCAAGGAUUCCAUCUUUAGGGUACUCCAGGAUAAGUGCUGUAGUCAUGGAUGUGGAAUUCCACUGCAGCCCCUGGGGCAGGAGCCCAGAGUCAGAAGGACCUUGGAUAGCUGGAGUUGCUUCAGCAUGUGCCUAGGUUCACACAAUACAGGCACACAGCAGUGACGGCAGGGUUGGCAUUGAUUUGGAGUAGACUCAGUUACCUCAGAAAUUCUCAAGAGUAUCUUAAACAAAAAAGCUUAUUUCUCUCCCAUGUUCAAAUAGAGGUAGUCAGUCUGGCAGAUCUGGCCCAACAAUGCCAGAAACCUUGGUCCAUCUUGUAGCUCUACUGGGUGACGUUUCCAUUCCCAAGGUCAUAUCCUGGCCUCAGAUGGCAACUGAAGCCCCAGCCAUUUGUCCUUGUUCAGUCAGAAGACAAAGAUGUCUCCUCACUUCUUUAGGGAUCACUUGAGAAAAGUUUCAUGCAACACUGUGGCGUACAUCCUUUUAGGCAGCGUGAAGCCAUGUGACCAUGUCUACCUGAAAGGCUGAGCAAAAGCCUUUGGUUUCACAGCCACUGCAAGUGUCCUCACUGCAAAGGGAGAAGAGUGGCCAGUAAGGGACAAUGAGCAGCUAUGUGGAGCCUUUAAGGUGGGUGCACAUGCAACCCUACCAUUUGCCCAAGAUUUGAGGGAACAGAAGAGACACUUCAGGAGAGGGGCACUGGGAAGAGAACAGACUGGGAAGAGCACAGAAGGCUUCUAGGGUGACAUUUGCUAUGAAGAGUUAGGGAGAAACUGCAAGGUUCGAUGAGUCUGAGCCCCAGCCACUUUCACACAAACAGCAUGGAGAAGUGUCACCACGGGGCAGCCUGGCCUUGCAGUGAAGUGUGAGAGGCUGAGCUCCAGGAGAGGGGAAAGGCCCACUGUCCCCCAAGGCCCGCAAAGAUUCUUGAGUCUGGAAUGACUUUACCUUUCCCCUGUUGAUUUUUGUUCCUGUCUUAUGUUUAGUUCAUUACUAAAUGCUCUUAGAACAGCUGCACUUGGUUCAUUUCCUGAAAAGUUUGAAGACCUAGAAAUGGCUUUGUGGCCUCUUCCUCACUGAUGAGGCACCAAACGAAUCUCCAGGAUGGCCUUCAAGCAUUGCUGUUCAGAGCUGUGAGGCCUGUGGGCUGCUGGAGCUGCUGUGGUGCCUCAGGACACGUGAGCCCACCUUUAAAAAACAGAAAUACUGGGUGCAGUGACGCACACCUGUAAUCCCACUGACUUGGGAGGCUGACACAGAAGGAUCGCAAGUCCAAAGCCAACCUCAGCAACUUAGCGAGGCUGUAAGCCCUACUGAGACCCUGACUCAAAAAAUAAAAAGGGCUGGGGAUGUGGCUCAGUGGUUAAGCACCCCUGGGUUCAAUUCCUGGUACAGGAAAAACAAAAAAGAACAAAUGAAUCAACUUCAUGAUAGUUCAUCACAGUGUAACAAGUGAAGAGCUCAUGAAGAGAGAGUUGUGGACCCUUGGUGAUGGGAAAGGUCUCUGAUAGCUGAAGAAGGAUUAGCUGGGCUGACCCUUUAGCUGGUGGAAAAGGCACUAAAAAAUCAAGAGAUGGUCCCCCUGGAACUCCAAUAGGAAAGCCCUGUGCUGCAGCCUUGGUCUGUUGCUAUAGGUACAUUUAUUUUAUUAGGAAAUAAAAUACAUCU